AUGUCCUUGCAGAGGAAGGUCCUAGUGUUUGUUGUGAUGGGCAGCCCAUUAGGUGAAGGAGAAGAGAAGGAGAAGGAGAUGGAGACUUUGGGCGCCGCUUCCACACGGCGGGACCGUUGGGCGUGUAGCUCAGGCGUUGGGCGAGCAUGGGGAUGCUUUGGGCGAGCAAGGGGCUUCCUUGGGCGCCUCGACUUCUCAAGGCCUCCCUCAGAGUGGCACCGGCCAUACUUUGCGUCCUCGUAA